AUGGUAGUCGCGGACGAUUAUGAAGAAUCAAAUUCUUCUUCAUCAAUUGGUGAAUAUAGAGGUCAUCUUCAUUCAAAAAGUAAUAAUGAAAAAACUGAGAAUAAUAAUACUCAUACAAAUAAUGGUUCAGAUUCUUUAACUCCUUAUGAUUAUGAUGAUGAAGAAUUUGAUUAUAUAAAAGAUGAUGAUGAGCAUCUUACUGAUGAACAAAAAAGAGAACAUUUAAUUAAAACAAUUUCUCAUAUUUCAAAUCAUGAUUUUGAUGAAAAAUUUGACUCAAUUUCAAGAGAAAUUUCAAGACAAAUUACAGAUAAAGAAGGUGAAUUUCAAUUAAAAUUGGAUAAUUUUAAUUUAGGCAAAAUUUUAUCAAAUUUUGUUUAUUUUGCUAAAAAGCAAGGUAUUGUUUUAAGAAGUAGUGGUUUAACUUUUCAAAAUUUAACUGUUUAUGGUAUUGAUGAAUCUUUUGCUGUUGUUCCAACUGUUGUUGAUUUAUUAAAGGGUCCAAUUGGUGGUAUUCAAGCUUUAAUAACAAAAUUAAAAACUCCAAAGAGAAAGAUUUUAAAUGAAAUUAAUGGAAUUGCAAAACCUGGUGAAUGUGUUUUAGUUUUAGGUAGACCUGGUGCUGGUUGUUCAACUUUUUUAAAAUCUUUAACUGGUACUGAUUUCGAUUUAUAUGAAGGAAUAGAAGGUGAUAUUCGUUAUGAUGGUUUACCUCAAAAGGAAAUGUUGGCUAAAUUCAAAAAUGAUUUAAUUUAUAAUCCUGAAUUAGAUGUUCAUUUUCCUCAUUUAACUGUUGAUCAAACUUUAUCUUUUGCAAUUGGUUGUAAAACUCCUGAAUUAAGAAUUAAUGGAGUUUCAAGAAAAGAAUUUAUUAAUGCAAAAAAAGAAAUUUUAGCAACGGUUUUUGGUUUAAGACAUACUUAUAACACGAAAGUUGGUAAUGAUUACGUUAGAGGUGUUUCUGGUGGUGAAAGAAAAAGAGUUUCAAUUGCCGAAGCUUUAGCUUGUAAUGGUUCAAUUUAUUGUUGGGAUAAUGCAACAAGAGGUUUGGAUGCUUCAACUGCUUUAGAAUUUGCUCAAGCUAUUAGAACUUCUACAAAAUUAUUAAAAACAACUGCUUUUGUUACAAUUUAUCAAGCUGGUGAAAAUAUCUAUGAAACUUUUGACAAAGUAACUGUUUUAUACCAAGGUAGACAAAUUUAUUUUGGUCCAAUUCAUAAAGCAAAAAAAUAUUUUGAAAAUAUGGGUUGGGAAUGUCCUGCAAGACAAACUACUGCUGAAUUUUUAACUGCUGUCACUGAUCCAAUUGGUAGAUUUGUUAAGGAAGGUUAUGAAAAUAAGGUUCCUAGAACUUCUCAAGAAUUUGAACAAUAUUGGUUGAACUCUGACGAUUAUAAACAUUUAAUACAAGAGAUAAAUGAAUAUAAUAGUCAAAUUAAUCAAGAUGAAACUAGAAAAAUUUAUUAUGAAUCAAUAUCUCAAGAAAAAAUGAAAGGUGCUAGAAAGAAUUCUCCAUUUACUAUAUCCUAUUUUCAACAAUUAAAAUUGUGUGCACUUCGAAGUUAUCAAAGAAUUAUUGGGGAUUCAGCUUAUACCAUAACUCUUAUGGCAGCUGGUAUAUCGCAAGCUUUCGUUGCAGGUUCAUUAUAUUACAAUACUCCGAAUGAUGUUACUGGUGCAUUUUCUAGAGGUGGUGUUAUCUUCUUUGCUGUUUUAUUUAUGUCAUUAAUGGGUUUGGCCGAAAUUUCAGCUUCAUUUAGUAAUAGAUCAAUUUUAAUGAAGCAAAAGAAUUACUCAAUGUAUCACCCAUCUGCUGAUGCUCUUUCAAAUUUUGUGAUGUCAAUUCCUGUUAGUAUUGUUGUCAAUAUUUUUUUCGUCGUCAUUUUAUACUUUUUAUCAAAUUUGGCAAGAGAAGCUGGUAAAUUUUUCAUUUGUUUCUUAUUUGUUGUUUUAUUACAUUUAACUAUGGGUGCAAUGUUUCAAGCUGUUGCUGCUAUUAAUAAAAGUAUUGCUGGUGCAAAUGCCAUUGGUGGUGUUUUGGUUUUAGCUUCAUUGAUGUAUUCAUCUUAUCUUAUUCAACGUCCAUCGAUGCAUCCUUGGUUUAAAUGGAUUUCAUAUAUUAAUCCAGUUUUAUAUGCUUUUGAAGCAAUUAUUGCAUCUGAAUUUCAUGGUCGUAAAAUGCAAUGUGUUGGUCUGUAUUUAACUCCGUCGGGUCCGGGAUAUCAAAAUUUGGCAAGUGGUGAACAAACUUGUUCAUUCGUUGGAUCAGUUGCAGGUCAAAAUUGGAUUUCAGGUGACAGUUACUUAAAGUUGGCCUAUACUUAUAGUUUUUCUCACGUUUGGAGAAAUCUUGGUAUAUUGAUUGGGUUUUUAGCAUUUUUCUUGACAAUUAAUGCAUUAGGUACUGAAUGUAUUAAACCAAUUAGUGGUGGUGGUGACAAAUUAUUAUAUUUAAAAGGUAAAGUUCCAGAACAUAUCAUGUUAUCAUCAGAAAAGAAGGAAGGUGAUAUUGAAGAAGGACCUGAACCUGAUAAUUUGGAGAAAAUGGAGCCAGAAGUUAAACCUAGUGAUGAAGAUUUGAGAGUGAAGGAUAUUUUCGUAUGGAAAGAUAUCGAUUAUGUAAUACCUUAUGAUGGUGCUCAAAGAAAAUUGUUACAGAACGUCAGUGGAUUUUGUAUUCCGGGUACUUUAACUGCUCUUAUGGGUGAAUCAGGUGCUGGUAAAACUACUUUAUUAAAUACAUUAGCUCAAAGAAUUGAUUUUGGUGUUAUAACUGGUGAUAUGUUGGUCAACGGUGCCAAAAUUGAUUCAUCAUUUAGUCGUCGAACUGGGUAUGUUCAACAACAAGAUAUUCAUGUUUCUGAAGUUACAGUUAGAGAAUCUUUACAAUUUGCUGCAUUAUUAAGAAGAUCAAAUGAUGUGAGUGAUCAAGAAAAACUAGAUUAUGUUGAAAAAAUUAUCGAUGUUUUAGAUAUGGGUUGGUAUGCAGAUGCUGUUGUUGGUAAAAUGGGUGAUGGUUUAAAUGUUGAACAAAGAAAAAAAUUAUCAAUUGGUGUUGAAUUGGUUACAAAACCUUCAUUAUUAUUAUUUCUUGAUGAACCAACUUCUGGUUUAGAUUCUCAAUCAGCAUGGGCAAUUGUUAAAUUAUUACGUGACUUGGCUAAUGCUGGUCAAUCCAUUUUAUGUACUAUCCAUCAACCAUCAGCCACUUUAUUUGAAGAAUUUGACAGAUUGUUAUUAUUAAGAAAAGGUGGUCAAACUGUUUACUUUGGUGAUAUUGGCCCUAAAUCUAGUACAAUCCUAAAUUAUUUUGAAAGAAACGGAGCAAGACAUUGUGAAGAACAAGAAAAUCCUGCGGAAUAUAUUUUGGAAGCUAUUGGAGCAGGUGCUACAGCUUCAACUGAAUCAAAUUGGUUUGAAAUUUGGGAAAAUUCAAAUGAGAAAAAACAAACUGAUAUCAAACGUGAUCAAUUGAUUGAAGAAUCAAAAAAUAAUCGUUCUGAAGGAACUGCUGAUAAACAAUUGACAAAAAAAUAUGCUACUCCAUAUUUUUACCAAUUUAAGCAUGUUUGUCAUAGAAGUGCAUUGAUGUUUUUCCGUGAUCCAAAUUAUAUUGCUGCAAAAAUAUUUUUAAUGACUAUAUCUGGGUUAUUUAUUGGUUUUACAUUUUUUGGUAUAAAACAUACAAAAACUGGUUCUCAAAAUGGUAUGUUUUGUGCUUUCUUAUCUGUUGUUGUUUCAGCUCCUGUUAUCAAUCAAAUUCAAGAAAAAGCCAUUACUGGUCGUGAUCUAUUUGAAGUUAGAGAAAAAUUAUCAAAUACUUAUCAUUGGUCUUUAAUGAUUAUUUCUCAAGUACUAAAUGAAAUGCCAUAUUUAAUAAUAGGUGCUACAUUUAUGUUUGUUUCACUUUACUUUCCUACUCAAGUUGACACGGAAGCACUGCAUUCUGGUAUAUUUUAUUUUACUCAAGGUAUAUUUUUACAAGGAUUUGCUGUUUCAUUUGGUUUGAUGGUAUUGUAUAUUAGUCCUGAUUUGGAAUCAGCUGCAGUUAUUGUCAGUUUCUUGUAUACAUUCAUUGUUGCAUUUUCAGGUGUUGUUCAACCAGUCAACUUAAUGCCAGGAUUUUGGACAUUUAUGUAUAAACUUUCACCAUAUACAUAUUUCAUACAAAAUUUAAUUAGUUCAUUUUUACAUGGUAGGAAAAUUCAGUGUAGUGAUAAAGAAUUAGCUUAUUUUAAUCCACCAAAUGGUGAAACUUGUGAAGAAUUUGCAAAUGCUUUUGUUCAACGUGCAGGUGGAUAUUUGAAUAAUCCAAAUGCAACAUCAAAUUGUGGUUAUUGCAGUUAUAGUAAUGCUGAUGAAUAUUUAUUGACUAUAGGAGCUAAAUUUUCAUUAAGAUGGAGAAAUGUGGGAUUCUUUUUUGUUUAUAUAUUUUUCAAUAUUGGAUUUUGUUUGGUUCUUUACUAUAUUUUAAGAUAUAAAAAGAUUACUAAGAAUCUUACGAAUGUAAAAAAUGUUUUCAAAAAGACAAAAUAG